AUGGGUUCCACAAAUGAUGACCCGCUUACAUUUCAAGAGGCCAUAUCCGGCCAGAAUCAUCUUGAAUGGCGAGCGGCUAUCCAAAAAGAAUACCAGUCCCUACUUGAUAACGGGACAUGGGAACUCAUUCGUCGAGAAUAUAUUGUUCCCCCGGGACAACAGGUCAUUGGUUGCAAAUGGGUGUUCAAGACCAAAGCAAACAAGGUCCGAAAAGCACGACUAGUGAUCAAAGGCUAUCGCCAAAGACAUGACAUUGACUAUCAUGACACAUUCGCAGCUGUCUCUCGCAUGGACUCUGUCCGCUGUAUCAUCGCGAGUGCUAUGCUGAAAGGAUGGAAGCUCCACCAGUUUGACGCAGUCACUGCCUUCCUACAUGGAGACAUUGACACGGCUAUCUAUAUGGAGCUUCCGGAAGGCUUUGAGAAGGAGGGAUACGUCUGUCAACUACGUCGAUCCCUCUACGGCCUUAAGCAAGCACCUCGAAUUUGGUAUCGCUGCGUUCAACGGGUGCUACAAUCAAACGGUUUCACUAUGGCACAAUCCGAUAACUGUGUCUUCUACAAGGACAACUGUGUAGUCUGUGUGUAUGUGGAUGACUUCCUUGUGGCAGGCGCAACGACCCAUGAGAUCGAAAAUGUCCGGCGAGCUCUUCAACUGGAUUUCAAAUUGAAUGACCUGGCUACUCCGCGUUCAUUCCUUGGAAUCCAAUUCAACUUCAAUAUUGACGGAUCAGUCUCUAUUCAUCAGCAUCAGUACAUCCAGAAAGUGCUCUCUGACUUCUGUAUGGAGGACUGUCAACCAAAGAACACUCCUAUGAAUCCGAAAUUAAAUACUCGGCCAGAUGAAGAAGACAUUGAUGAGAAUUCCAAAGACCGCUAUUGCUCUGCUGUUGGCGCGCCAAUGUAUCUGAUGGUCGGAACCCGACCAGAUAUUGCUUUUGCGCUUGGGACGUUAAGUCGAUUUACUUCCCGGCCGCAAUUGCAUCACCAAGCAUCACCAAGCAGCAUGAAAUGA